AUGAGUGAGGCUGAUGGAGUCUGUGUGUUUAAAUGCUUGGUUAACAGAGACACUGAAUACUGUCACGUGGGAAAACAGUCUGUGUUAAUUACGCUGGGAUACAACAGUGUCUUGCUCCAGUUCAAGUCACAAGCUGAAUACAAUACAUUUUCAAAUGCAUUGAAGAGAUGCCUUAGACAAAAGAAGGAGAACUCUGUGUUCAGUCAGCGAACAGAUGAAGCAUCUGCUGCUCAGUAUUUUCAGUUUUAUAGCUGUCUGUCUCAACAACAGAACAUGAUGCAGGAUUUUGUGAGGACAGCCACUUAUCAUAGAGCUAUCCUACAGAACUACAUAGAUUUUACAGACAAGGUGGUCCUAGAUGUUGGCUGCGGAUCAGGAAUCCUUUCAUUUUUUGCAGUGCAGGCUGGAGCUAGAAAAGUCUAUGCAGUUGAAGCCAGUUCAAUGGCAAAAUAUGCAGAGCUGUUGGUGAAAAGCAACAACCUUUCUGACAAGAUCACAGUUCUGUCUGGAAAAGUUGAGGAGAUCUCCCUGCCUGAGAGCGUUGAUGUGGUAAUUUCUGAACCUAUUGGUUAUAUGCUGUUCAACGAAAGGAUGUUGGAAAGUUACCUCCAUUCCAAAAAAUGGUUGAAGUCAAAUGGAAUGAUGUUUCCAACAUACAGUGACAUUCAUUUGGCUCCUUUUUCUGAUGAGCAGCUGUACAUGGAACACUACUCCAGAGCCAAUUUUUGGUACCAAGAAUGCUUUUAUGGGGUUGACCUGUCCAGUCUGCGCAGUGCAGCUGUGGAUGAGUAUUUCCGACAACCUAUUGUGGAUACUUUUGAUGUGAGAAUUCUGAUGGCACAGGCAGUGAAGUACACUGUCAACUUCGUGGAAGCUGUUGAGGAAGAUUUGCAUAGAGUGGAAAUCCCCUUUGUUUUCCAAAUGAUGCAGUCAGGGCUAAUCCAUGGCCUGGCUUUCUGGUUUGAUGUGGCAUUUGUAGGAUCACUGGUAACUGUUUGGUUGUCCACUGCACCGACAGAGCCCCUCACUCACUGGUAUCAAGUACGCUGCCUUCUCCAGACACCCCUCUUUGCUAAAGAGGGGGAAACUCUCUCAGGGAAAGUCUUACUUGUUGCCAAUAAGCGGCAAAGUUAUGAUAUUCAGAUUGUGGCUAUGGUGGACCAGACAGGAUUGAAAUCUGGUAACAUUCUUGAUUUAAAGAAUCCAUUUUUUAGGUAUGCCUAGAAUGUAUUGUAAUAUGGCAUCUGAAAACAGAAGUCAGAUUCUCACCAAGCUGAGUAACCAGUGAGACUUCAGUUCUAGUAUGCCUACUGGUGCUUGUGUAAAAUCAAUUUGUAACUGUAUAUAUCUGUAAUUGUGUGUGAGUCACAUGAGAAGGGGAUACUGUAGUUCCAUCUUUUUUUCUUUUUUUAAUUGAAAUUUACCCUGCACUCACAUUUAAAGAAAUGGAUUGCAGCGGAUUCAAUUUUAUUCCAGAAAGUUCAUUUGGUAUAGAACAAGAACUGUUUCUCUGUGUUUGUUUUUAUUUCUGCUUUACAAUAAGCUCACAUUGGUUCACUGAUCUUGUUUUUAAUAUUCUUAUCAAUAUUCUAGGUUCUUGAACAAAACCUACCUCAUGUUUCUAUAUAUAACAUAUCAAAAGGUCUUUGAGUAAUAUGUAGUGUGCAGGCUUUAAACAUUCAGCACUUACUUCAAUGUUUGGUGUUAAAUCUUCUAGCUCACCAGGGCAGUGUGUUAAAUACUUCAAUUUUCUCAAUGGACUCAUUAAUGUGGUUCAUUUUGAGACAUGAACCUAAUGUCAUCUUGCAUAUAUUUUGUAAAUGCUCUUAGAUUUCUCUGUGCCUAUAGAAACAUAACAGGACAUUUGUAACAUUAACAUUUGUAAACUACUCCCAGCAUAGUGUGAUACAAAACUGUAUGGUAAGAUAGGUGUGACUUUCACUUUUUCAGUAGCUCCAUGAGAAGUAUUGAUAGCCAAAGCUAUAUAAACAUGUAUUUUUGGCUUGUGUACCUAGCAAACGAGGAGGACUAUAGAGUUAUAGUACAGAUUUUCCUGAGAUCUCUCUCCAGACAAUGUUAUCCAUUAAUGGCAUAUACUGACUCCUAUACAAUGUGUUUCUGUAGUUCAAGGUAGAUGCCUUAGGCUGAAUUAAUGAGCUGGAGUCAAAUCAGAAAUGUAGACAUCAUUUUCCUACCAAAAACAUAACUCCAGUGAUACCUCUAGCAAGAUACAAUCACCUGCUAGCCUUCCACACACUGUUGGAAGGCUGGUUUGAAUGAAAAGCCCCAGCAAAACUGACCCUUCUCUCAGGAAGUUAUGUGCAGCAUUUGAUCAAAAGACCCGCUAAGGACCCCUGCUGCGAGUAAUUAAGUUGUACUUUCAGUGGUUUGUCUCCAAGUCAACAACCAUGUGCAGGUAUUUAAAGAUAGUUUAUGAGAUACUGGACAGUAGUACCUAAAACUGCAAAACUGGUGGCAUGAACUUCAUGGCUGAGGCAAUGAAACCAUUGAACUUAGUGUCAGACAAUGAUUGCCUUGUUCUGUCCAGUAGCUUUUAAUACAGCAGAUGAGAGACUUCUAGUAUGAAAAUGUAGUUUGCACAAUAAAAGACUUUUUUUUUUUUAACACAAAUUUUAAAAUAUUUAAUGUGGGCUGCUGCCUCAGAAUGAUAACAGGAAAUACCAUUGUAAACCUGUAAAAGCAGUGUAAUGAGAUUUCUGAUGCAAAAUCUGAUGGAUGGGUACCCACCCAUCUUAAAUUUAGUCUGCACAGUGGUUGGUGCUUUUCCGAUUAUAUGAGAGAAGCAAAGAAAUCCAGAAAUGUUCAAAUCCAAAUAGCAGGCAGCUGUAGUUCAGAGUUUUCUAGAGUUUCACAGGUUUUCCUCAGCAAAUAUGAAAGGAGUAUACAAAAUUUGGAUCUGAAUUCAGCAUAUAGAUUUGUAAUGUUUCCUACUGACCUGCAUGUCUGCCUGGAUUUCACACAGUGCUUAGAGAUAGAGUUUAAUGAUAGUUUUUGUUAGGUUGAUGGUUGAACUAGAUGAUCUGAAAGGUCCCUUCCAACUUAGACAAUUCUAUGAUGGUAAUUUCAGUCUCAAACCUCUUCUAAAAAGUAUCUGUAUAACAAAUACUUCCACUUUCUAUAACAAAAAAUCUUACAUUUUGAAUUUGACAUGGCAACUUCAAUUAUUUUUAAAGAGGAAAGUAAAUAAAGGGGAGGAAAAACAGCAGCAGCAGAGAGCAGUGUCGGGUUGUGUAUCUUUAUUUAAUUCCAGAACAGAAGGUAUAUGUAUCUAAUAAUUGCAUCUUCAGUAUGUAUAGACAAGAUUGUUGCCUUACAUGCUAACAAGUACAAAGAAUAAUUCACAGUAAUUGCUACUCUGAAGUGAUUUGGAUGAUCCGGGACUGGUAUUUGUAUUUUCUCUCUACUUCGGGAAUUCACUUUACUCCAGAUUGAAUGCUAAAACUGAAGAGAAGAUUGACAUCGGCUACUGUACCAUUUGCAGUCUGAAAUAGUCCUGGGACAGUCUCACUUCCUUAUCAUUUAACAUUUUCCUGCUUUGAAGCAUUGGUAAUUUUGAAGUAUACAGGAGCCUGCCUUCAAGAACUACAAAGUACUGUUUUCACCUUACAUGACUUUCUGUGUAUAAAUGAGAGAAUAUAUUUGUAAAGUAUUUUUGAAACAACAUGCGAAUGAAAACAGUUUAUUGAUAAAAAUGCUGGUGUUUUGUUUCUAUUUUUUGUAAAGGCAACAAGGCAACAUUAAUGAAUGCUCCAGAAUGUAGGGAAACUAAAGCAGAACUGUGGGGUUGCUGGAGCAAACAAUGAUGAUGUAGUUUUACAGUGUAAGACUCUUGAACAGAUUUGACCACAUUAGGAAAUGUAGCAUUUCCUCAUUUAUAGUUAAAGAGGCUAUAUUAAUCCUGUUGAAAAAUGACACAUUGACUUGCAUCCCACAGACUCAAAAAACACAAUGGGAAAGACGCUAAAUAUCGUAUUAAGGAGCUAUAAAUUUUCAUGCUUUGUUGGAUCCAUGGUCAUUUAGAAGGUUUAUCUCCAAGAAAUUA